AUGUCCCGCUCCAUCCUCCCGACCCUGGCCCUAGCCGCCCUCGCCCUCGCCAAAACAGACCACGAAGGCUGCACCUCCUUCACCUCGACCGUGACCGCGCGCACCGAGAUCGGCUACGGCAACACCUACGAGACCGUCAUCUGGUACGUCCCGGACACCCUCGAGAUCUGCCAGGGCGUCGACUGCGGCGGCGGCCGCGCCCCGCCGCGCAACGUCCCCGGCUGCCCGAUCUACUCCGGCACCGAGACCGUCACCCCCAAGUUCCUGCCCACGGACCCCGCCGCGAAGCCCGCGGCCAGCACGACCGUCGUCACCGUCACGCCUACGAGGACGAGUACCGUGGAGACGGUGACGAGGACCGCGACGACGGCGGCGACGGAGGUGGAGACGACGGCGAGUGCGCCUGGGAGCGUGGUUGAGAGUUUGAGUGUGACUAUCUCUCUUGCGAGUUCCGGUGUCUCAGGGGUGACGGAGAGUGCGACCGGGAGCGCGAGCGAGACUGCGGGUGGAAGUGGGACCGGGGCGGCGGCCUCGACUACGGCUACUCCGGCUGGGGCGGGGCCGACGGCAAGGGCUGGUCUUGCGGCCGCACUUUGUGUUGCUGCCGCUGUGGCGCUUGUGUGA